CGACGCCCGGAGGCCGCAGCUGGAGCUGGCAGGGCAGGAAGCGACAAGCGCCGAGCGGUUCCGUCCACCCCCUGAGGCCGCUGAGGCAGGGGACAACCCCCCACUCGCCCGCCCGCUUUCCUCCCCCGGGCGGCCGGCCCGCCCGCAAGACUUCACCCCCGCCCACUCGACCCGCGGCCCCACGGCGGCCAUUGCCCCACCCGCACAGGCGCAGCGCCCCAAAAAGUCGCCAUUUUUUAGUGCCAGACACCGUCCAAAACACCGCGAGUACCGAGUAAAGCCUGCCUGCACCUCCCCCUCCUCGUUCGCCUCCCACUCCCCGACCUCCUCUCGUGACCUCCCUUCGUCGCCUCCCUCUCUUCGUCCCCAAACGCAAACCUCUAGUACGCGCAGAGAGGGUGGGUGGGGUGGGGGGGGGGGGGUAGAGGGGGCGCUGAAACCCUAGCGCGCGCGUGGCGGCCAUGGACGCUGCGCGGAGGGAGAGGAGGCACCACCGGAAGGCCGCGGCGGCGGUUGCAGCGGGCGGUGUGGCCGGGGGUGGGGUCGGUGGCGGGAGUGCAGCGGCGGCUGCGCGGGCUGCGUACGGGGACGUGUUCGGCGGGCCGCCGCGCUUCGCGGCGCCGUUCGGAGGGGCGCCGCUGGACUACGCCGAGGUGUUCGGGGGCGUCGCGGCCACCUGCUCCAUCCCGUUCCUCGACCUGCCGCCCGCGGCUGCCGUCGGGGGCGAUGACGGCUUCUUCUCCUGCGGCAGGAAGGGGGACUACGGGGAGAUCUUCGGCCGGUUCGACUUCGCCGACUUCGCGGUGCCCUACGAGGAGCUGUUCGGCGAGCCCGAGCCCGAGCGGGAGAGGGAGCCGGAGACGGAGGAGAUCGCCUCGUCGAGCUGGAGUUCGAGAUCAUCGAUCAAAAAAGAAUCCAGCCAGUUGGAGGAUGAGCCUCCUAUACUUCCUCAACAUUAUCAAAAUCUGGAUCAUCGUCAACACUUCAAAGAGCAUAAGUUUUCUCCAAUAUCCUUCCCUCCAGACACAGAUAGUCAGCAGUUUGUCAUGUCAUAUAACAAGAUUACUGAGAGGAGACCUGAUGAUCUAGUUGAGAUGACAACCUGCUCAAUCGAACCUUCGAUGGACUUUGUCAUUGAUUCUCCCAAUUUGUCACAUGACCCAGCAACCAAUCAUCUUUCAAGAAUUGACAAUGGCAUAAUGGCCAAUGGCGAUAAUGAGAAGAACCCAAGCUCUGCUAGUGUGAGCAUGAGGAGUCCUGAGAGUGAUUUUGUCGUUGAUCAGAAGCAUCAAAGUCCAUCAUGGCCACAUAUUUCUGGAAGUGUUUCUGCAAAUGAAAACCUCAAGAACUCUGAUAGUAAUUCAACACGCACUAGUGGAACAUUUCCUGAUUAUGCAUUUCUUCGGGUACCUAAUGUUGAUGCACAAACACAGCCAAUCAAAGUACAGCCACCAUUGAGGCAGCAACCGAAACUGCUUAACAGGCAUGAGAGUGCAGAAAAAGGAUAUAUCAAUCUUGUAAAUCACAGUGGCACUCCAACUUCUCUUGCACAUUCCACUUUAAGUAGCAACAUGCCUCAGGUUGACAGGAAAGCUGAUGCAGCUCUGUCUAAUGCUGAUGCCAAUCCCACUUCUGCUUCAGCAGCUAUGAAGGAGGCAAUGGAUUUUGCUGAAGCUAGGUUAAAGGCUGCAAAAGAACUGUUAGAGAGAAAAGGUGACAGUUUUAAACUUCGGAAGAAGCCAAGUCAUCAUAGAAGCACAAGAUCCACAGAAUUCAAGACUCCUGUACCUGUUGAGGUAGAUACUUCCGUUCAAAAGCUAUCGCUGAAAAAGCCAUCAAAAGAAGAAAAGAACCCUGAAGAGCUGCCACCGUUUCUAGGACCGACCUCGAACAAGCAUGAAAAAUUAAGUGCAGUCAGAUUAGAUCAUUUUGAUGACAUUGGAAAAAGGGUACUUCCACUGGAGAAGCCUCAGCAGAUGAUGCAACACUGCACUGAGUCCUGUCAAACUUCCAGUAAACUAGAGAAAUUAGACAAUUGGAGGUCAGGUGAUGAAUUUUAUGAGCUGACUGGAGAUGAUCAGAAAUGCAAAACUGAUAAAGCCACAGGGGAAGAUGAUAAAUGUGAGCAAACGAAUCCCAUCACUAGUCUCAGCAAUGAUAAAAAAAGUGAAACUGAAUUUAGCGCAGCAGACACUGACCUGGAAAGGUAUGAAAAACUUUGGGAAGUAAAUGAUGGCAGGGACCUGGGAGUGAAACAUGUAAAUCUGAGGGAGGACAACACAGCUUCAGUGGACAAAGAUAGGGUGUCUGUGACUUUAGAAGCUUCUACAGAAAAUACGGCACAGCAAGAAAUUCGUAAUUCAAAUCUUGAGGGAUUUGUAACACCAGAAAAUGCUAAGGAAAGCCAUGAUGAUGAUGAUGAGUGUGUUGAGCUUCCUUCUAUGAGCGAUACCUCCACAAAGCUGGACUUCAUCAAGGAUAUGUCAGGUUCUUUAUCAGGGGCCUGCUCAUCUGGAAACCGUGCCAGUGAUAUUAGAGACCUUGGAAAUAGUAGCCCAAAGGUAAGUCCAGUAGCAGGAACAUCACAAGAGCACACAAACAAUAAAGUUGUACUUGAGGUACCAUGUGAUGGUGAGAUGCAACACACUUCUGGGAGUAGUGAAAAAUUGCAAGAACCCCCAGAAGUAUGUAACGCUGAUAUUUUCCAGGGAAAUAACAUUAAAUCAUUGAUUUUAGAAAAACUUGAAGGAUCUUAUGUAUGUGAUGCUUUCCCAAGGGGGCAAAGUAGAGUCGAGCAGGAAGAUGAAACUUAUGGGAGAGAAAAAUUCAGUUUUAUUGGUGAAUCGCUCCGGCAUAAUGAAGACGCUAAAAUAAAGGGAGUACUCUCUGAGGAAGUAAAGGAAGUUGAAAUUGAGGAGAAAGUUGAUCCAUGUCCACAUCCUGAAGGGACAGUUGUGGAUCUGGAUGCUGAGUGUCCUGAAGAGGAGAGUGAUAUUAUUUUACAAAACAAUAAUUUGGCAGACCGUGAAGAAUCAAACAUGCUGAAUGUAUUUGAGGUAGCCAGCAAGUUGAUUAAAAGGGACCUGGAUCAUGAAAUGCGCGGGUCAUUAGGGCAUGGUCAAGUGGAGAGUAGAAUGGAAGAAGGAACUGAUGAACUCAUCUCUGAUAGUAAAGGCAAAGAAGCAGAAGAAACCACAUUAGAAAAUAGUGAGAGGACAGGUACCAAAGAGGGAUCAGCUCAUAGUAACCAGGAGGACCAGAAGUCAUCUGAAAGUACCAACAGAGGACAAAGUGAUGUAGAUGCAAAAUGUAAUACAACUGUUGAUGAAGUUGGCUCUGAAUCCUUUUCAGGAGCUUCAAGUGAUAGCACCACCAGAACGACCAUUAAUUCGAAAGAUGAUCCGGCUUCGUCUUCAGAAAUGUAUACUCGCAUGCAGCACUCAAUGCAAAAAGAGGAAUCUGCUACUUCUCAGACAUCUGACAGGAGUGUUCCUGGUCUUGAAGAAACUGGAGAGGUUUACAAUGGAGGAGAAGGAGAAUUACCAACAGAAAGGUCUACACAUGAAGAAAAGAAGAGCAGGGCAAACAAAAUGGAAGAAGACACUACAGCAAAGAUAUCAAAGGCAGAACAUGGGCCAUCUCCCUUGGAGAAGAAUCGUAGUCUACCUAAAGCUGCUGAAAGUCCCACCCCAGUUUCUGCUGAGACAUUGAAAAAAGAGGCACUUGGAGUUCAGAGGGCCAAAGAGAGGGAGAAUAUACCAAGAGCAGAAAGUGCAAGUGAAAAGGACAAAGGGUCUUCUCGAAGAACAGAAGAAGCAAAGGAAAGCGAAAGGAGAUUGGAGAAAGAAAGAGAACUUGCUGAAGAGAGGGAAAGAAAAAAAAUGGAAGAGGAGGAAAGGGAAAGGGAACGGAAAAAGGAUAGACUUGCUGUUGAAAGAGCCACAAGAGAAGCGCACGAGAGAGCGUUUGCUGAAGCUCGUGAAAAGGCAGGAAAAAUGGCUUUGGAAAGUAUUACUGCUGCACGGCAACGGGCAUCUGCAGAGGCCCGAGAGAAAGAAGAGAGAGCAAGUGCUGAAGCAGCUGCUGAAAGGGCUACUAGAGAAGCAAGGAUAAAAGCAGAACGUGCGGCAGUCGAGCGAGCAACUACAGAAGCUCGGGGGCGGGCAAUAGAGAAGGCAAAGGCUGAUAAGGCUCUUGCAGAGGCAAGAGAACGGAGGGAACGAUACAGAUCCUCUUUCAAGGAGAGUUUUAAGUCCACAAAUCAGGAUAUUCGACAGGAGACACAGUUUCAGAGGGAAACUUCUAGUAAUUUCAUUAGAAAUCCCGAUUUUGGCAACAAAGCAGUGUUUGAGGUUGAGUCGGCUUUAAGGCAUAAAGCAAGAUUAGAGAGGCAUCAACGCACAGCUGAGCGUGUGACAAAAGCGCUUGCUGAGAAGAACAUGCGGGACCUGCUGGCUCAAAGGGAGCAAGCAGAGAAACAUAGGUUGUCUGAGUUCCUGGAUCCUGAGAUCAAGAGAUGGUCAAAUGGAAAGGAAGGAAAUCUGAGGGCCUUGCUGUCCACAUUGCAAUACAUUCUUGGUGCCGACAGUGGUUGGCAAUCAGUGCCACUUACAGACCUCAUUACAGCUGCUGCUGUGAAGAAAGCUUACAGGAAGGCAACCCUUUGUGUCCACCCAGAUAAAUUACAACAAAGAGGUGCUACAAUCAGACAGAAAUACAUCUGUGAGAAGGUUUUUGAUCUUCUUAAGGAUGCCUGGAACAAGUUCACUUCGGAGGAGCGCUAGGAUGGAAGCUAAGCAGCCGUUUAUUAUCGGGACAGGAAAUUCGUUAGUAUUUAUAUAGCCAUAUCGUUAGUUUUUUCAUUCAACAUUGAUGUAAAUACGCAGUUGUAGCUCUAGAUAUCACGUCAGAAACAGCGCGAAAUGAUGCCCGUUACCUUGGCUCAGAUCAGUUCAGUAGGAGAGCUCCAUUGCUCCUAGUCUUCUGGAAAA